AUGGAGGAAAUGACUGUCAUGUCAAAGACAUCCCCAGAAGUAACUCCUGACACCCAUUUACAGGAACCUGCAGCACCAGUAGUUGAAGAUUCCAUCGGAAAAGGGCAACAGUCUGCCAUGUUAAAUCGUUUAUUAGGGAAGGGCAGCUAUGAAUCAUUUGAUAUGAGAUGCAUGGUAACUGGCCAAUUUUCUGUUGGGAAGUCGACUCUUGUUAAGCUGUUAGCUGGAGAAAUUAUACCUGAUGGUCGACACCCGACAGAUGGGAUUUCUCUGGUAGAAGGUCGCUGUGGCCUAGAUAUUCUUACAAAAGAGUGGAUUAUUGUUGAUCCAGGUGAGAAAGGGCAUAAGUACAAACAUCUGACCACAUUAAUAAAAACUCUAUUGCAUGGACUGCGCUAUCAGCAGAGAUGUUAUAGCACUGAUUUAAAUUAG